GUUGUAGGUGUAGUUGGUGUAUUUGAGUAGUUGUAGUUUCGGUGGUGUAGUUUCUGCAGGAUGGGGACUGUGAGCGAGCGCAUCGUGAGCUGCUGUACCUCCACCUUCCCAUGUCUGCGGCAGAAACAGCCUGAGGAGCCGCCUGUGAAACAAAAUCCUAAAAAAGAAGACAUUGUGGUCUUCCAAAACAAGCAUGCUUUAGAACAGAUGAUCUCGGAGCAUCCCCAGCCUGUGUCCCAGUCUAAAACCGUGUCUCAGUUCGUGGCUCUGUUUGAUUACUCGAAGCGCACAGCUGAGGACCUGAGCUUCCACACAGGAGAUAAACUCCAGCUGCUGCAGAAGUACGACACAGACUGGUGGUUCGUUAAAGCUCUGACCGGCGUCUCCGCCAACAAGGAGGGAUACGUUCCAGCCAACUAUAUAGCCACUGUGGAGAGUCUGGACGCAGAACCGUGGUACUUUGCUGAUACAAAGCGCUUGGAUGCGGAGAAGCUACUGCAGGCAGAAGGAAAUAAACAUGGAGCGUUUCUCAUCAGACACUGUGAAAGUCAGGCUGGAGAACUGUCCCUGUCAGUGCUUGAUGGGGGUAAUGUGAAACACUACAAGAUCAGGCGGGAGGAUAAUGGUCACUACUAUAUAUCAAAGAGCCGUCAUUUCCCCACACUGAAGGAGCUGGUGGAGCACUACAGCAAGCAGGAGGAUGGACUCUGCGUUCGGCUCAGACAGCCCUGCAAGAAGGCUGAAGCUCCACAGACGCACGGUCUGUCUUACAGCACAGUGGACCAAUGGGAAAUUCCCCGCAGUUCCAUCCGACUGUUGCGGAAACUCGGUGCUGGAAAGUUUGGAGAGGUUCAUGAGGGUCUGUGGAAUAACACAACGUCUGUUGCUGUGAAAACUUUAAAACCAGAAGACAGAGGGGCUCGUUUGCGUGUUCCUGAUCAGAUAGAGAUGGCCGCCCAGGUGGCAGCAGGUAUGGCUUACCUGGAGCUGCAGAAUUACAUCCAUAGAGAUCUGGCAGCCCGGAACGUUCUGGUUGGAGAGAACAACGUGUGCAAAGUGGCCGAUUUUGGUCUGGCCCGAGUGUUUAAUAGAGAGAAUAACAACUGUUAUAAUGAAGAUGAGGAAAACAUAUACGAAGCAACAGAGGGUACUUAUUUUCUGGUGAAGUGGACGGCUCCCGAGGCCAUUCGGGAGAACAAAUUCACCAUCAAAUCUGAUGUGUGGUCAUUCGGCAUCCUGCUGUACGAGAUCAUGACCUUCGGACAGAUGCCUUAUCCAACUCUCACUAAUGCUCAGGUUGUUGUGAAGCUGGGUACUGGCUAUCGGAUGUCGUGUCCACCACUGUGUCCAAAAAUGAUAUAUGAUAUAAUGGUUGAGUGCUGGAAGGAAACGCCCGCUGAGCGGCCCACCUUCGAAACUCUGCAGUGGAAACUAGAGGAAUACUCCGACCUGGAUGUCAGUUCAUAUGAUGACGCUAACCGAUAUUGACCAAUGCAGCACAGCAACAGCACUCACAAAAACUGUCUACUGUUUCUACUGUUUUCCGGCGGUAUAUAAAACCCUUUUUGUUCAGAGUCGGCCAUGUUUUUUUGGUGUGUAUAUAUAUAUAUAUAUAUAUAUAUAUAUAUAUAUAUAUAUAUAUAUGUGUGUGUGUGUGUGUGUGUAUACAUGUGUAUAAUGUUACACACAAAAAAAAACAUGGCAGACUCUUUAUUGUGGUGCCUCAUUGUGUGUGCAAA